GUCGCUCAGUGUCGGGUGGAGUCUAUAUCGCUGCGCUGCUUUGCGGAAGGGGCCGCGGAAACCUCCUUUUUAUACGCACACACACGCAUACACACGCAUAUCUUUUAUUUUGUACCAAACCGCUGUUUGUCUCCACGAAAGGCGGCGAACUACACCCGCAUAACGAUGACCACGACGACCACGUUUCAAGGAAUGGACCCCGGUAGUAAAAGCAGCUCCAGGGUACUGCGGCCGCCCGGUGGGGCCUCCAACUUCUCCUUCGGUACAGAUGACGAAUCGACCCCCCAGCGCAAGAACAAGAUGGCCUCCAACAUCUUUGCCGAGCCUGAUGACCCCCAUGCCCAUCGGAGGAACAAUCCACCAACUGGAUCGCCCACAGGGACCCUGUGCGGGGAGCCCUCAGCUCCGCUUAGACGAUGCCAGCAGCCACUUCUCUUCCCCAAGAACCCUGAGCCGGAGCUGACCACCAUCCACAACUCUGGAGCAGCCCUGGUCUGGAGCCAGAGACAACAGGAGGAGAAUGGUCAAGAACAAGGAAAUAAUGAGUGUCCCGAGGAGGCCGAGGGGGAGACGGGGGAGACGGAGGAGCAGAGGGAGACGCCACAGCCCUCCGCCCCGUCGGGAGGUGCCAAUGCCAAUGCUGGCAACCGAAGAAACCCACCAGGUGGCAAGUCCAGCCUCAUCUUGGGUUGAAACCACUCCUUGUUUUUCAUCGGAUCGCUUUUUUUAUUUUUUUUGAAAGAUGAAUAGCCCCCCUGACCACAUCCCUCACACCCUCCUCCUUCCCAUUACCAAGUCCCCCUCCUCUCUCCCUCCCUCACAUGCUCCACACACAGUCGCCUUGUCACGUCCGUGGAUCACCACAACCACCCUUUCUCCCUCCACCCUCAAACCUUUUGUUUUGAUCCUUUUUCUAUUAAAAAAAAAAGAGAAAACUGUUGACAAAAGCACUUUAUGUAUUCUCUCCCCCCUCCCCUCCCAUUUCAGCCCAUCCCGUAGUGCAUUGCGCCUGCUGGAAAAGGCAUGAAGUUUAGCUUGUCUCUCAUUCUUCCCUGUUGUAAAGGAAAAAAAAAGUAAUAAAAAAGAUUUGAUGCGUGGAUUUCUAAGUACAGUAAAGAUUGAUAUGAA